UUUGGGGAGAAUUUAUGUUAAAACUGAUUGCUACAUAAAGUCAAGCAAUAACGAUUUUAUUUCCAUCAUUCUGUGAUCUGUAUUACAGUUUUUAUAUACUGUGCCUUGUUGUCAUUUGUAUGCUAUACAGUAAAAACUCACUAAUUGAAGUUAAGUUUAAUAAUUGCCUUCAUCUCUGGUCUUGACUGUUGCCGCUACGUUCUACCUGGCCUCGCUUUCCCUUUUCUGUCACCUCCAUACUACUGCCCAAAGGAUUUUUUUUGAAAAACCCAGAUACGAUUUCUUCAUUCUUCUGCCAAACUACUGAUAAUUCACCAUUGUCCACAGUGUCAGUCUGUCUCCUCCCGACUUCUCCAACAAUUCCACGUAAGAUUGUGUGUUUUUCCUUGAAUAUGCCAUUCUCCUUCAUACCUGCCAGUUUUGUAUGGCAUAGAUGUCCUCUCUGCUGAGAACUCACUCACUAUCCUGCCCUCUCUUUGCUUGCUGACCUCCCACUCUUGCUUCAAGACACAGUUUAAAUAUCUCCUCUCCUACAAAACUUUCACUGAUUCCCACAGGCAGAGGGAGGUGCUUCUUCCUUUGGACACUCAUUGUAGCAUUUAUAUAUUUCUCUUUUUCUUCUUCAUUUACAUAUUUCUUCCUCUUAUUAUUUCUCAGCAGUUGGUUCAUUGCUUAGUUCGUAGGAGUUAAUAAGGAUUGGUAGUGGUGGUUGGACUUGAUUAAUUUAAAAUCACUAUAGAAAGAUAUUCUGUAACAGUUUUUUAUGCUUUUGAUGCUUGAACUUCUCUUUUGGCAGCUGACCCGGUUCUCUUCAGUAAAUGUUGUGUCUGGGGUCAGUCUUCGAGAGUUAGGAAGCUGAGUGGGUAAAGUGCCACCCUUUGAAGACUCAGGUUUGUGUCUCAAGAUGUAGUAUAGUGUUUUGUCCACAGUACUAAUACAGUGUCUAGCCUAUAGUAACCACUCAGUGAAUGUUAGUUACUAUCGGUAUUAUCAUUGCUGAUCUCCACCAGCCAAGAAGAUUAUUUUUAAAAGCUUUAUUUCUGUAGUUUGUAACAUAAAAAUAAUAGGUUUAUUUCUGAAGAUUUCAAAUGCAAAAUUAGGUUGUGCUACUGAGUACAGUUUUUCAAACUGCAUAUAGACACAACCCUCUGUUCUCUGGAGAUACUCACUCAUUCUAGGGGAUCAUCCUCUAAUUGAUAACCACUGCCUGCUACCCUUUUGAAAACUCUCUACCCUUUCUUCUCACAGUGUGAUCCUUCUGUCUCUAGGACCGCCUAUGGCUGCGAUAGCAGUAAGAGAAGCUCUCAGGUGAGAGUCUUAACCCCUAACACUAUCUUUUGAUUUUUUUCUGUAACCUCUGACACUCUCCUUUUUUUUUUUUCCCCUGGGGUGCACUUGAGUUAAAUGUUUCCCACUUCUUAGCAUCACCUGAGGAUUUUGUUUUACCUCAUGUGAUAUUCUUGAAGAAGCAGCCUCUGUCUUCCUUAUUUAUGUAAGAGGAUGGGAUAUGGUUUGUGAAUUAAUAUGUUUUCAAAAAUAAUGAAAUGGAAAAUAUUUUUGAAAUUACUCUCUCACUUGUCUGUUCUUCACUGCACUGCAUUUAAAUCUUUAUUGAAAACACUUGCUUUAUGUAAUUUCUCUCUCUCCCCUCACUUUUUAUCUCUUCUUGUUUUUCCAGAAGGUGCACAUUCCUCCUUCUUCAUUUUUAAGCAGAUUCCAAAACUGCUGUUGAUGAUGCUUGAAGCUGCUUUGGAGGCAGAAAAUCAACAGUGAGAUCAAGAAUUGUUCUCUAAUGAUCUUGCUUCACCAUGGCUACAAAUAUGGAGGGGCUGGUUCAGCACAGAGUGGGGACCCAGCAGGUGGCUGAGGUACCACGUGCUCAGACCUCUCGGCCGGAAUCUCCAGGGAUGACCAGCCCCUCCCCGCGCAUCCAGAUAAUCUCCACCGACUCUGCAGUAGCCUCUCCUCAGCGCAUUCAGAUUGUGACAGACCAGCAGACAGGACAGAAGAUCCAGAUAGUCACCGCAGUGGACGCCUCCGGAUCCCCCAAACAGCAGUUCAUCCUAACCAGCCCAGAUGGAGCUGGAACUGGGAAGGUGAUCCUGGCUUCACCGGAGACAUCCAGCGCCAAGCAGCUCAUAUUCACCACCUCCGACAACCUUGUCCCUGGCAGGAUCCAGAUCGUCACGGAUUCUGCUUCUGUCGAGCGUUUGCUGGGGAAGGCCGACGUCCAGCGGCCCCAGGUGGUAGAGUAUUGUGUGGUCUGUGGAGAUAAAGCCUCUGGUCGUCACUAUGGGGCUGUCAGUUGUGAGGGUUGCAAAGGUUUCUUCAAAAGGAGUGUAAGGAAAAAUUUGACCUACAGCUGCCGGAGCAACCAAGACUGCAUCAUCAAUAAACACCAUCGGAACCGCUGUCAGUUUUGCAGGCUGAAAAAAUGCUUAGAGAUGGGCAUGAAAAUGGAAUCUGUGCAGAGUGAACGGAAGCCCUUUGAUGUGCAGCGGGAGAAACCAAGCAAUUGUGCUGCUUCAACUGAGAAAAUCUAUAUCCGGAAGGACCUGAGAAGUCCUCUGAUAGCCACCCCCACAUUUGUGGCAGACAAAGAUGGAGCAAGACAGACAGGUCUUCUUGAUCCAGGGAUGCUUGUGAACAUCCAACAGCCUUUGAUACGUGAGGACGGCACAGUUCUCCUGGCCACGGAUUCCAAGGCAGAAACAAGCCAGGGAGCCCUGGGUACACUAGCAAAUGUAGUGACUUCCCUUGCCAACCUGAGUGAAUCCCUUAACAAUGGUGACACUUCAGAGAUCCAGCCGGAGGACCAGUCUGCAAGUGAGAUCACCCGGGCAUUUGAUACCUUAGCUAAAGCGCUUAAUACCACAGACAGCUCCUCUCCCCCAAGCCUGGUAGACGGGAUAGACACCAGUGGAGGAGGGAGCAUCCAUGUCAUCAGCAGAGACCAGUCGACACCCAUCAUUGAAGUAGAAGGUCCCCUCCUUUCAGACACACAUGUCACAUUUAAGCUAACAAUGCCCAGCCCAAUGCCAGAGUACCUCAACGUGCACUACAUCUGCGAGUCUGCAUCCCGCCUGCUCUUCCUCUCGAUGCACUGGGCUAGGUCAAUCCCAGCCUUUCAGGCACUUGGGCAGGACUGCAACACCAGCCUGGUGCGGGCCUGCUGGAACGAGCUCUUCACCCUCGGCCUGGCCCAGUGUGCCCAGGUCAUGAGCCUCUCCACCAUCCUGGCUGCCAUCGUCAACCACCUGCAGAAUAGCAUCCAGGAAGAUAAACUUUCUGGUGACCGGAUAAAGCAAGUUAUGGAACAUAUCUGGAAGCUGCAGGAGUUCUGUAACAGUAUGGCGAAGCUGGAUAUAGACGGCUAUGAGUAUGCAUACCUUAAAGCUAUAGUUCUCUUUAGCCCCGAUCAUCCAGGUUUGACCAGCACAAGCCAGAUUGAAAAAUUCCAAGAAAAGGCACAGAUGGAGUUGCAGGACUAUGUUCAGAAAACCUACUCAGAAGACACCUACCGAUUGGCCCGGAUUCUUGUCCGCCUGCCGGCACUCAGGCUGAUGAGCUCCAACAUAACUGAAGAACUCUUUUUUACCGGUCUCAUUGGCAAUGUUUCAAUAGACAGCAUAAUCCCCUAUAUCCUUAAGAUGGAGACAGCAGAGUACAACGGCCAGAUCACUGGAGCCAGUCUAUAGUGCACACUGCACGCCUGCCAGGGGGCGGAAGACACCUCCAGAAUCAUUCAGAUACAAGGAAAAUAAAAGUAGUGGUAUUUUGGUAUGUGCACAUAUUUCCAGUAUGUUAGCCAUCUCCUACCUGGUUUCUUCUUAUCUGUUAAUCCCUGAAAAUAGCAACUAAAAGACUAGUAGGAUCCUUUCUUGCCAUAAGAAAUGUUUUAAUGCCUUUUGAUGAAGUAGCAAAUUUUGGAACAAUCUUUUAACUCAAUUUGUAUUUAGAAAUUCUCAAAGGGCAAAAAACAAAAAUUUUAUAAUGUCAGAGACUAGUAUUAAAACUAAAAGAACCUAAGAGAACAGUAUGUUUGUAUAUAUGUUAAAAAUGUCCUUGGAAUUAAUAGCUACUAAUUACCAGGGUAAUAAUAUUAGCACUUUCUAAGCACUUCUUGUCAAUGCGUAAUGUUAGCAACAUCUUGCCUAUGGACAAGGCAAGUGAAAUCUGUAUGUCUUUUGCCGAAAUGCUAAUGAUUUCUGUGAAAACUCACUAGGGUACAGGAGACAAUCGUUUAAGAAAAGAGGGCAUCAUUCCUAAUUUUAUGCACAUAUUGGUGGUGUUGAGCUAAAUCCCUGUGAAGGAACACAAAUGUGGCUUAUUUGCAGCAUGCAGUGAAAGGAUGGUAGCACAGUCGGUGGUGACCCAAACCAGAAGCUUCCAGCUGUAGAGUUGAUGCCUGUCAGGUUCCCUGACCACGUGGUCCUGGUGUGUGAUGGGUGUCUGCAGACUCCUCAAGAACCUGUGGUUCUCCUCUGAUGACGGUUCUCAGAAUCAGAUUGCAACCCAGUCAGAGAUGAACUGCCAAACGAGACAUGCAAUUUCUCCAGCAACUGAAGCCAUCCCCAAAUCACCUCUGCCAGAGUGCAAGGCAGACGGAGUCAUCUGACCAAAAAGCGCAAGGUGGCAUUUGGAGCUCUUGACUGGAUUUCCUGAGCGCGGCCUGGGUUGGCUGUGUGUUGUUCAGAUGGAGGAGUGGGGGCCUCCUUGGAGUGUGGGGUUCCUUCCUUAGUGGUUUCCAAUCCAGACACUCCCUUGAGAGGUGCCUGUGUUCUGCAGCACAGUCGGAACAGGCUGGCAGUGGGGCUGUGCAGGGUCUUGCUGCCUGGCCCCGAUGGCCAGGGCCUGGAGGAGCUGAAAGGAAGGUCUCAGGACAGUUUCUGUCUGUUGACCUUAAACAUUUCUCAAAAUGCCUCCAGACUUGUCAGCUCUGUUGGAUUUUAUUGGUCCUGGCAUACCGUGCACUUUGGUUCCCCCAGGUAUAGGCCAGCAAACCGCCCUCGAGUAAAGGCAGACCGCCUGCUCCUUCAAACCCAACCCUCAUCUCCCAAGGUGAUGUUCUUUUACGUUAUAGCCAGCAGCUGAGUUUACAGCAGGACCAGAAUACGGUUAUAAGGAAGCUCUGUGUAGGGCAGAGCAGCCAUUAACUCCAUAGGCAUGAAAAAGCAGCAGCCAUUUCCUAUUUGGGGAAACUGGCAAGUCCAAGACCGGGCCAAGUGCUUUGUUUUCUUCUUACAUAACCAGAUUAAGAAAAUGGAUCCUGUAAGGCUAAAUUUGAGCCUCUUGAACCAUUUGAUCAGAUGAUGUCCAAAAACACCCCAGUACGCUCCCCACCUCCACCCGAGGUGCUCGGAUCUGCUUGGACACAUGGUGUCAAGGUAAGGCCUCAUGAGGCCUGUGGGGUGCGGGCCAGACUGCCAAGCACUGCGGCACCAUGUUGACAAGCUGAAGGGUGCCGUAGGCCUUAAGGGAUGCUUUACCCUGAAGCAGGUGUUAGCAGCACUUUGAGUCAUCAUUAAUGGGAAGUCAGUGGGGACAGGAUCUCCAACUUUUAAAUUCCCAUUUGGAUUUAAUUAUAUCAUUUAUAGUUCAUGCCUUGGAAGCAAAUUUUGGAGAAGAGAGAAGAUGGCCAUUAUAAAAUGAUGGAAAGGAUUUCAUUUUGCCAGCUUAAAGUAAUUUUUAGUUUUCUGACUCUGAAGUCAACUUUAAUUUCAAAAUUACAACAAAAAACUGGCCAAGACAGUGGAGUUAGGGUGGGUCUGUCUCAUUUCUGCUUGCGAAGGAUUUUAGUAGAGGGCAUUUUGAAGCAUGUUUACGCAUCUUACACAAAAGUUGCCUAUUUUUCUGUUCUUUUGAUUUUUUAAUGUAAGCAUGUCUUUUGAUCAUGUAGCAAUUGCCUGGGGAUACAUGUUGUGUCAAAUCUUUCAGAUCUGAGUUCUGAUGUUAGUGACAAGGUCCACACCAGCCAGCCCCCCUCACCCCCAUACCACUCAGCAGGCAGGCCUGGGAGUCCUAGGUCCAUUAUGUGGUUUAAGACUCAGACUGCCUUAAGAUAUUGGGGUACCUAACCCAAGACAUAGACUGGGCUUCUAAAGGUGCCACUGUUUAAAUAUAUUGUGAAUAGAGGUGAAACUGGCAGACACUGAGCCCUUGGACAAGAUAAAGUGCUGGGCUCUGAUGAGAUAACGCUGGAGAAAAACAGGAUUUAGCUUGGAAGGUUGCUGAUUAGAAUCUGGUCCUGCCCUUUAAUCUCCUUUACAGGUGAUGGCUGAUUCCAGUGGGCCAUUUUGGAUUUUGAACACUCCCUCAUUAAUUGCCCAGGUCCUCUUGGCCUUACUGUUGAAGUAGCCUUUUCCUUAAGGAUCACAUCACACAACCAGAACUCUCUGCCUGAAGUCAUUUGAAGCCUCUGACUUGCAGGUCCAUCUGUCUCUUGGAUUUUUUGUUUGCAUUUGUUUUUUGUUGGGGAGCAAGAGAGGGUCAAACUAGUUAAGAGAAGUAAACCCCAAAGUCCACAAUUAUUUAAAGGGAUCCUAACCAAAUAUUUGAGCUCCACCUUUCACAAGGCUUUAAGCCCUUGUUAGUAGUUUGUGAGACUAGCUUUAGUGAAAUGAGGCAAGCUGUCAGCCUGCUGAAUCUGAGAUGAGCCAGGGGUGGGAUUCGCUGCCAUGUAGCCUGUUCCCACUCCCUUAGUGAGGAGAGGCACAUGGCUAAGGGAGGUGGGGACAGACACACAGUCACUCUGGGUAAGUAGGCCCUUUCCCAUAGCUCAGAUAAUGCUGGAUUAAGAUAGUUAUGUGUUGAGAUUUGUGGAGGUCAUUACAUAUAUGCAUUAAACAGGACAGGAAGAGACUUACAAAAAGACCAAUUACUCAAGCAGAUAGUAUAUUUUCAAGUUAUUCCUGGUAAGUUUUUAGGAAGUAUGGUACCAUCCUUCUAAUUUGAAAUCUGUUCAUGUGUGUUGGGGGUUCCUUAUUUAUCGUCUAAUCUCUGCCGUAAGGCCAUGGUUUGGGGUUCUUUGGUUACCUUGGUUUUUGUGUUUAAUUUCAGGUGUGGUCAUUUGUUUUAAGAUGUGCUACAUAAUUGCUCUCAAGAGGGAUUGUGUUUUAGUUUGUCAGUGUCAGUAUUAAAUGUGAACUCUGAGGAUGCCGGCCACGGUGGUCAUAAUGGACACAUCCAACUCCUUGGUUUCCCUAAUGUAACAGCAGCUUUACUAAAAAAGGGCAUAGACUUGUAGCCACACUACAUACACUUAGCUGUUUGCUUGCUUUUAGGGUAGUCACAGUAGAAAGCUAAGAAUUAUAAGAGCUCUAGCUGUAUCCAGUGCUCUUUCUCUCGGAAAAAAACUAACCCUUUGGGCCUCUUUGGGGGAAUUGUCACCAGACCAGCCUUGCUCACAGCUGGCUCUAGGGUCGCCAGGCCAUGCCCAGCUUCUGUGGACCUAAGCAGACUGGAGUCUAGAUGCUAUUGCCCACUCCCCAGUAUCAAUGGCCUUGUGUGCAGUGGAGUCACAGAUGACGUCUCACUACUUGGGUCCAGCCUGGAAAGCCAUCUUCUGCAACUCUUACCCCAGGUGGGCAGUGCCUGUAGCUCUGGAAAUGUGGCUCCGCUGCAGAGCAGAUGCCUGCAGGCUUCCUUUGGUCCAACACCCAUUAUCUAGAUUGUGAGGCUUCUGAAAUGUCUUAUCUUUGACGUCAUCUUUUAAAGCCAGCCCCCAACAGAGAUAGGGCUGGUUUGGGUCUUUUGUGCACAGGGCUGGACCUCCUCAUUGUGUGCCUCCUGCCAGUGUGCACUUCUGCUUGUCCAGUCCUGGGUGCUUCACAGCGGUGUACGUGAACAGGCUUGUAGGCUGUCUGACUGAAUGAAUGUACAUUUGUUUAUAUCCUCUCUAUAUGUACAGUGUAUAUAGUGUGCCUAUGUGUAUAUAGAUGUAUAUUAUGUAUACAGACAUGUAGCCACGUAUCCAAACUUUUUUUUUUUUUUUUUAAAGAGCGUCUAUGGUAUUGCUCGUGUAAAUUGACAAGGAUGUUGCAAGGCCCCUCAGCAGGGGAGAUUUGCUGGUGAUACUCUUAACUAGAGUUCCCUUUAGGUGAGCCAGGCUGGGAAGGGCCACAAAACCAGUUAAAAGAAGGAAUCACCACUCUGCACAGGGAAAAAUUCCAGACAGAAAAGGUUCUGACAGAAUGACAUGUCUCUGUGUUCUCCAGGUUCAGACAAGGGCCAGGAAGCUGGAAGACAGUUUAUUAUAAUGUCCAAAACUAGGUGGUGAUUUUUAACCAGCUUUUCACAUACCUAUUUAUGGCCCAGCUGGAGGGAACACAGUAGUUAAAGCCAUCGACCUUCCCAGACACUCAGCAUGUCAAAUGGUCCGGAGACAACAUCGUGGUCCAAGACCCAGAAUGGUCCAUCUCAGGGGAGCUUGCCUCCCACAUGUGGUAGCAGUUUCCCACCUUCCUGUGAUCAGUCAGCAAGGGGGGGGGGCACUGUCCUGCAACUAAACAAAAAUUCCCAUCUGUCUAACACCAGUUAAAAAACAUCAGAUAAUCUUUAAAAAUAAGCAUGAAUGUUGAUGGUUAACUUUUGUGGCAUAUAAGCUACAAACCUUAAAUUACUUCCCUAAAUGUAAGCAUGUGAAUGAAAUCCAUUGACUUAACACCUUUCUGUAAAUUAUGAUUUAAAAUUUUUAGAUAAAAAUUGCAUUUUAUAUGGAUAUGUGUGCCCAUAAAGUUAUAGAUGCCAACUUUUUCUUGUCCAGAUCUAUUCUGAUGAAUUUUCCCCCUUAAUCAGGCCUUAAACUGUGAGGACCCACUGAGGAGGCAGUGCCCAGCCCACAGUGCUGCUCACUGGCCUGGUGAGUGUCUGGGAUGCUGGAAGAAACCAUUCGAUAACCGCAGAACUCACAUACAUACCCGUUGCUUCUUUUUUUCCUUCUUUUUAAAACAAGCUAUGAAGUAUUUGAAAACACUUUGUAAGACCAUUGUACUCAGUGCCUUUUGUGAGAUGGGCCAUGUCGCCUUCAGCUUCCCUCAUUUUUUAUGUAAAGAAAGCUUCUGGUAUUUCACUGGCCUCAUCCAACAGUGAUUGUUUGACCUUUCACAUGUCAUUGCCUGUCCUGACAAUCACACUAUUGAAGGUGGCUUUCCAGUCAAAAUACAAAUGGAAUCUUGACAGUCUCUAAAUCUUUAAAAUAAAAAUGUUCCUUUGGGCUACUUAUCUUAACCACAAUCUAAGAAUAAACUGUGAGCUUAAAAAUAAAGAGUUUAGGGGGAGAGAGAGAAGUGUAUGAGAUUUUUUUUAAAUGCCCAGCUAGACUUUCAGUUACAAAACAAGUAAUUUUGGCAUCUCAAUAUUUACACAUACGACAUAGAAAAAAUGCUCAACAACAUUUACCACUCAAUUUACAGACUACGUUAAAGUUUAAUAUUUGGAUAGCAUUUGGAAGUAGUAAACUUUAUAUUUAAAAUGGCUUUUCUUUAGGAAAGUAUAAUCGGCUAUCAUUUUAAUGACCAUAGCAUUCAUGAACUCAAAUGCUGCUGCCACAUACAACUCAAGUGCUGGAAUAUUUUUCUACAGUCUCUCUGUUCUACCAAUUAUCUUGUAAACCAGUGUUUAACUAGUUUUAUAACUAAAAAGCUGCACAUUUUUCAUAGUACAAACUGUAGUUUUUACUUGUAGUUUGGACCUCUCUGUUAAAAUGUAGCUGUAUCAUCAGCCCUUUUAAAAGACAUCUGUUAAAGGAAAAUCCGGAUGUUCGUUUUUUUGGGACCGUUUCUGUAACCUCUACCCUUUACAAUAUAGAAAAUAUUGUUUAUGCCAUUACAUUUUAAUUCCAGGUUUAAAACCUGUUGAAAGCUAUAGCUUUCCACAGCUUUUUUCCCCCGUGAAAUCAGCUUUGUAUGUGUGAUGGCAUUUAAAAAAUAGCAUGUUCUUUUUAAAUUGAAUUUUAUAUCUAAUCAAUGUCUUCAGUCUUGAAGAAGAAUUUGCAUUGUUGUGUUUGUAUAUAGAGUAUUGCAGUGCAUGAAUUAGCUUUAUGCAUUUUAUUAAAUGCUGUUUCAAUGUGGCAUUAUUGUUGUGGCUUAAAACUACUACCUAAAUGAGGUUUAUACUAUUAAACGUGAAUUAAAGACUAG